AUGGUGAUGCUGAUGGUCGUGGCUAUAAUGAUGUUGAUGGCGAUGAUGGUAGUGUUUGUGGAAAUGAUGAUGUUGCUGGUGUUGGUGAUGAUGCUGGUGGUGAAGGUGGUUGUGAAGGUGGUGGUUGUGGUGGUGAUGAUGGUGUUUGUAAUGAUCAACGCGGGAGAUCAGUCUCCACAAGCACAGCUGAAGCAGAUGUUCCUGGAAUACGCCCACGACGAGGUGUUCGUUGACGCCGACUGCAACAGGUGCCGAUGUGAUGAUGGUAGAACAGUUUGCGAGAUGAAUGCGGAUGGAAGACCUGAAGAGGAAAGCUGUAUCAACGAUGGGAAGGAAUAUGCCCAUGAUGAGGUGUUCCUUGACGCCGACUGUAACAGGUGCCGAUGUGAUGAUGGUACUACAAUCUGCGAGAUGAAUGCGGAAGGAUGUCCUGAAGUGUGCGAGUACAACAACAACUGGUACGAAGCCGGCGACAGUUUCCCGGAUGACGUCGGCUGCAACACGUGUACCUGCCUCAGGGGCGGCUUAGUGGCGUGCUACCGGAUGUCAUGUUCAGGCACCACCACCCCGGACUAUGUGAAAUGA